GGUGUAUCUUUCUUGAGUUUUGAGACCAGCCUUGUCUGCAAGUUUCUGGACAGCCAGGGCUACACAGAGAGACCCUGUCCCAAAAACAAGAGAUUACUUCUUGUACCACUCCCUCCCUAUUCCCACUAGUCCCCGCCUUCUUCAGGAACUGGUAGGUGUCUGUUGUCAGCUUUGAGCUUCUUUGGGUGAUGAUGUUAAGAGCCCUGACCUUUGUAAACACACAGCCUGGGCAUUACAGCGCUGGGUAGCUAAUGUGAAGAGAAAAUGAGUUUGCUCUGUGCACCUCCGCCAGUUCCCUCGGCCCCGGGGUGCAGCCCUGUGCAUUGUGCCAACUGGAAGCCUCACUUCAGCUUCUUCAUGCAGCUGCCCUCUUCUGGUGGAAAACCAUAUUUGAAAUAGAUAUGCGAGGGAGAAAGUUCUUUAGAACUAUUCUUUAGGUGAGUGGUGGCGAGAACUGAGAGCGAGAUCCCCUUCCCACUUCAUUUCUUGUUUCCUUUUAGUUUUUCGAGAGAGUGUUGUUAUGUAGCUCUGGCUGGCCAGGUCCUGUGUAACCCAGACUGACCCUGAAUCCCCACCUCAUCUGGGACGACAGGUUUGAGCCACCAUAUCUAGCUAUUAUUUAAUAUUAUUUAUUUAUCUAUUUAUUUAUUGGGAGGGCACUCGUGGAUGUCAGAGGAUAAUUUUGGAAUCAUUUUUUUUUUCUUUCACCGUGCGGGUGCCAGGGAUAGAACUCAGAUCUUUAGGUUUUGCCAUGGUUUUGCCAUAAGUACCUGUCUUAGCGUUUCUAUUGCUGCAAUGAAACGCUGUGACCAAAAAUCAAGUUGGGGAGGAAAGGGUUUAUUUGGCUUACACUUCCGCAUCACUGUUCAUCACUGAAGGAAAUCAGGAUGGGAUAAUGGGAAAGUUCGGAGCACUAGGCUCUGGCAUCCAGCACUAGCUGCUGGUUCAAGGAACAGCGUGGGAAAAACUAUUUCCUCUUAGGUGAGGGUUCUUUGUUUGUGGGCUCCCUGAGUUACGUUGUAAUCCACAGGCAGUGGGACAGUGCUUAUCAAAGGCUCCCCUAAAGCAAAGGAAGGACAAUAUAAUGGAGAACAGCGAGGACUUCUAAUCCAGAACGGAUGGACAGAACUCAACUAGAAAGGGAAGAAGUCUUUGAGAAGGGCCAGGUUUUAACAAACGUGGUUCCCACACAUCUGAAUGGUAUCAUAGAAUUAGCCACAGUACGGGGCAAUAGACCUACUAGGGAAGCCCUAGUUGGAACGUGCUUCCUCAUUACAUCAUAAUAGUCAAGUUGUGAUGUCAUCGAAAAGCACCCUUGGUGUGUAUUGAAAGUGAUGCCAGAUAUGAAGAGUCAACAUGAGGGCCAGACCUCCAGGGAGAGCUGUCUCUGAAGGGCACAAGUCAGAGCACGCCAUGCCUAACAAAGAUACUAGCAGUCUUAACAGCUCGGCAGCAGGGCUCAUCUGCCUCCCUCCAAUCUCUGAGGAGCUGCAGCUUGUGUGGACUCAAGCAGCGCAAACCAGUGAGCUGGAUGGAAAUGAACACCUGCUACAGACCUUCAGCUACUUUCCCUAUCCAAGCCUGGCAGAUAUUGCUCUCCUCUGCCUGCGAUAUGGGCUGCAGAUGGAGAAGGUAAAGACCUGGUUCAUGGCCCAACGCCUCCGCUGUGGCAUUAGCUGGUCAUCUGAAGAGAUAGAAGAGACUCGAGCCCGAGUGGUGUACCACAGAGAUCAGCUCCAUUUCAAAUCUCUUCUCUCUUUCACGCAUCAUGCAGUGCAGCCCCCACAGGAGACGCCUCCAGUGCCCUCUCCAGAGCAGGCUGCUCUUGGACCGUGUCCUUCGGCUCAUAGUGAGCCCACCCAGAUGAAAGGAUUGAAGGUUGAGCCUGAGGAACCCUCUCAGGUACCACAGCUGCCACAGAGUCACCAGAAAGUGAAGGAACCUCUGAUGACAGGCAGCAGAGCAUUCCCCCGCCAGUCAGGUUUUUGUCAGGAUCUUCAGAUCAGUGGACUCUCUGAGGAGCAUGCAGAAAUGGGUUCUGAUCAGUUGUGUGGUGGAGGGACUGCUUCCUGGAAUCAUUCCACAGCUGUCCAUCAGCCACGUGCUGGGGAUAAACCCCCAUCGAUCUCAUUACUUGUCAGUAGUUGUAAGGAAGAACCCGCACCUAAUGGGACACCUCCAUCUCCCUCUUUCCAGGUAUCGACUAAUGGAACUACUGCCACCCCUAAACCCCUCCAGUCUUUGGGCUAUAUCCCACAGUCAUUCCCACCUAGUGAACAGGUACCAUCUCCACAAGUAGAACCACCCUGGCCCCAAAGGCUACGAAAUAACUCAGUGGCAAGUAGGGUUGGCCCCACAGAAUACCUUUCGCCAGAUAUGCAACACCAGCGAAAGACUAAGCGUAAAACCAAAGAACAGCUGGCCAUCCUCAAAUCCUUUUUUCUACAGUGCCAAUGGGCACGACGAGAAGAUUACCAUAAAUUAGAACAGAUCACUGGUUUACCUCGCCCUGAGAUCAUUCAAUGGUUUGGAGACACCCGAUAUGCCUUGAAGCAUGGACAACUGAAAUGGUUUCGGGACAAUGCAGUACUUGGUGCCUCUACUUUUCAAGAUCCAGCCAUUCCCACACCAUCAACUCAUUCUUUGAAAGAAUGGGCCAAGACACCACCUCUGCCAGCCCCACCGCCCCUACCAGACAUACAACCUUUAACACCACCUCUGCCAGCCCCACCGCCCCCACCAGACAUACGACCUUUAGAGAGGUACUGGGCAGCCCACCAGCAGCUGCAGGAAGCUGAUAUCCUUAAACUGAGCCAGGUAUCAAGACUUAGCACUCAGCAAGUGCUGGAUUGGUUUGGCUCUCGAUCGUCUGAGCCAGCAGAGGUGGUAGUUUGUCUAGAUGAAGAGGAGGAGGAAGAGGAUGAAGAACUGCCAGAAGAUGGUGAGGAAGAGGAGGAGGAAGAUGAUUAUGAUGAUGCCAUAUAGGACUGAGGGAGGUUGAGGAAGAAAAGGGUCUGUUACUGGAAGAUGAACCACCUUAUUGACCAUUUAAACCCUUUUUAAACACUCUGUCACGAACUAAAAGCUUUGUGUUCUUCAGAGUGGGCAAGGCAGGAAGUAAUUUGACAGUAGACUGGGGAGGUGACCAGGAUACAAACUAAGGUACUUGAUUAAUAUAAACCCAGUUCUCCAGCUUCAAUGUGGAGAGGGACAGGGAUCUGGGCAAACAGUGGCUAGAAAAGGCUCUUGCUCUCCUCUUGUUCUUUUCUUUAGUGCGCUCUUCAUGUCUCAACCCCACACAUCUACAUGGGACUUAGUGUGGAAUGAAGUAUUGUGAUCCAACUUAGGAUCCCAGCACACCCCCAAAUCCCACCAUCUGUCAGAAAAUACAAGGCUGCUUUGUGCCCAUUCCUGUCUUUCUGAGCAUAUACCCAUGCAUAUUGCAGUUAGGAUUUGCAAUGUUCAUUUUGUUAUAGAUAUUUCCUCAUACCAGUUUGAUGUUUUUACUCACCUUGUCACUUACACAGAAGCAGAUACUUCUUCCUUCUAAUACUGGGACCAAUCUGCCUUCUACCAUUUAUUUCUAUGAAAUCCCCUCUUUGCUCAUUAUUGUCUCAGGGUAAAUCUUUACACAGUUUGUGAAAAAUUUUAAGAAUCAGGUUGUGAAUAUUAGUCUUAUAUUUAUUGGAGGUGGGAAUUAGGGGAUGUGACCUUUAAAGCAUGAUGAGCUAGGCAUGGUGCCUGUGGUUACAACAUUUGGUAGGUGGAGGCAGGAAGAUCAAGGAGUUCAAGGCCAGCCUUGACUACACAUCAAGUUAAGGCCAACUUGGACUAUGUAAGAGCCUGUCUUGAAACAUAAUGUCACAGUGUGACAGGGAAGGAUGGUAGGGAUGUUACAGGUUUGGAUUUACAAAUCUGACAUCACUUUCUGUCCAGAUUGAUAGAGAGUGUUAGUUUUUUUUCCCUUUUUUGCUACUGGUUCAAUUUGUAUCUAACAAGAAAUGUUUCCCUCUUUAUAGGAUCUGUCUUGGGGACAGAAGGACCAUGGUCUUCUAACUCAAUGAUGUUCUAGAAUAAAUGUCAACACUAGGGAUCACUGGUAACAGUGGGUUAGUCACCUGAAAAUAGAGUGCAAGCCCCAAAUUGCUAAAAUAAAAAAGGCCAAAAAUAA